CAGGAUGGAGGUGGGGAGAGAUUUCUUCACAGAAGGUGAGGGGGGAAUAUCUCUGGUAUUGUCUCCUGUGAAGGCUUAAUCCAUCCGGAGGAUCUUCUUUGGGGCAGCCCGGUGGCGCAGCGGGUCGAGCUGCUGCCUCACGGCUCCAGAGACCCAGGAGGCUGAGAAGAUCCAUCCCAGGACUGGAAAGAGAGAGAGACGCACACACAAUGUUUGGACUGCACCCAGCUUGGCUCCCGCUCUGUGUCCUGCUCGGCAGACCAACCCCUCCUGUGGUCCUGGGCUACAGCUACCGGAACUGCCAGGAGACGCCCUGGCGCAAUGGCAGCUUCCAAUGUGUGCACCGCUUCCUGACGCGGGUGUCCGGCGCCGUGUCUGACCUGCCCCCCAGCGCCUUGCACCUCAACAUCUCCCACAACCAGCUCCGCUUCCUGGGAGCAGGCGGCUUCCGGGCACUGCCCAAUCUCCUGACACUGAGGCUGGACUACAACCAGAUCCGGGAGAUCGACCUUGGUGCUUUCGGGAACUUGUCCAGCCUGGUGACCCUCAACCUCUCCUACAACCUCAUCUCUCGCCUGAGACCAUGGAGGUUCCAGGAUCUUCACAGCUUAGCACACCUGCUCCUCCAGCAUAACCAGUUGCUGACCAUUGAGCCCAAUGCUCUGGAGACACUAGGGAGCCUUCAGACCCUCUACCUGAAUUCUAACCACCUCUCCAACUUCUCACAGUUGGCUCACUCCAUCUCGGGCCUGAGACAACUUGCCUUCCUGCACGCCAGCGACAACAAGUUGUCCUCUCUCCAAUGCACCUCCUCGCUGCCUCCCUCCCUCCGAGCCCUCUACCUCGCCAACAAUUCCCUGGCAAGGUUGGACGGUCAUCCGGGGCUCCUGAGCCGACUGCUCACACUGGAUCUGGCGGACAACCAGCUGGCCAGUGCCGUGGACUUCGCCAGAUUGGACCUGAGAGGCGUCCAGUGGCUGGUCCUCAGCCGGAACCCCCUGAACAUCUCGGAGUUCCUCAGGACCACCAGCGUGGACCUGAAGAAGGUCAACUACUCCGGGCUGCGGCUCCGAGGUCGGAUGCUCUCCGACCUUUGCUGGCAUUUGGGACGGGGGACCAUGAGUCACUUGGUGCUCAGGGACAACCAGAUCUCCUCCCUCUCCUCCCUGGAGGGCUGCCCACCCGUGGUCAACUGGGACUUGUCCCGCAAUGUUUUCACUUCCAUCAACUGCCUGUUGUUCGACUCCAAGAGGCAAGCCGUCUCUUUCACCCUGGAACACAACCGGAUCAACCAUCUUGUCCCCUGCGUGAAGGACGGAGCACCGGUCGCUCUCUUCCCCAACCUGACCCGCCUCUCCCUCCGCUACAAUCGGAUCUUCACCAUCUCCGGACGGGCGUUUGCCCACGCCCCCAAUCUCCUGGAGCUGAUGCUGAACAUCAACAACGUGGCGGUGAUCGAGAGGGGCGCCUUCUCCGACCUCGCCUCCCUGCGUUUCCUCCGGUUGGACAACAACCUCCUCACAGACAUCUACAACCACACCUUCGGCAGCCUCGGGAGCCUGAGGCAGCUGAACCUCCGCAACAAUAGGAUCUCGGUGGUCUUCAGCAAGGUCUUCACCAACCUCGGUAGCUUGGACAUCUUGGACCUAGGGGGGAACAAAAUCCGGCGGCUCAGCAGUCUGUCCUUCUAUGGGCUGAAGAGACUCUCUAAGCUUUACUUGGAUAGGAAUUACAUCAGCCGGAUCAACCAGCAGACCUUCAGCCUCCUACCUUUGCUUGGAGUGUUGGAUCUGGAGAGGAAUUGGAUCAGGUACAACAGUGCUGUGAGAACACAGAGACCGUUCGUUAACCUGACGAGGCUUCGUGCCCUCAAACUCCAAGCUCAACAACCUUACGGUAUUAACAUCAUACCCCCGGGAUUCUUCAAUGGCCUGGUUAACUUGGAGGCUCUGUACAUCGGGGAGAAUAAAAUGUCCUUAGCCAAAGAUGUCUUCCGGGACUUGGUCAGCUUGAGGACUCUCUCCAUGCCCGAUGCUUGCAACGGCAUCCACAGCAUGGACGCUGGGGCCUUCAGGAACCUCCGGAACCUCCUGACCUUGAACCUGGAGAACGUCGGCCUGCGUUCCACGUCGCUGGACAUCGUGGGGAACCUGUCCCGUCUCAAGGUGCUACUGCUGGGGAAGAACGCCAUCCAGGUAGUCAACAGCACCGUGCUGGGACGCUUACCUGCCCUGAGUUACCUGGACGUCCGCAAGAACCCGCUGACCUGCACCUGUGGGAACACCUGGUUCGUGAACUGGUCCCUGUCCAACCCCAGGACCCAGGUGACCUACUUCUACAACCACACCUGUGCCGACUGGCCGAAGGAGUACCUGUACAGGUUUGAUGCCCGCGUCUGCUACCUAGACGUGGGGGAGCUGGUGUUCCAAGUCACCCUGCCCUUCCUGCUGGUCUUCACAUUCGGCCCAGUCAUCUACGCCAAGAAGUACUGGCACAUCAAGUAUGGCUUUUACAUUUUCCGCUCCUGGCUGCGCGAGCGCUGGGCGCGCGAGGCGGAGAGCACGCCCUACAAGUUUGACGCCUUCGUCUCCUACAACUCGCGCGACGAGGACUGGGUCCUGAAGGAGCUGGUGCCCAGCCUCGAGGUCAAGGGGCCUCAGUGCUUCAGGCUGUGUCUACAUCACCGGGACUUUGAGCUGGGCAAGUACAUCGUGGACAACAUUGUGGACAGCAUCUACCAGAGCCGGAAAACGCUCUGUGUGAUGACCCGCAGUUACCUUAGCAGCGAGUGGUGCUCCAUGGAGUUACAGCUGGCCAGCUACAGGCUGUUCCAUGAGUUGAAGGACGUUCUGGUGUUGGUCUUCCUGGAGCACAUUCCCGAGUCGGAGUUGUCCACGUACCAUCGGAUGAGGAGGGUCAUGAGGAAGCAGACCUACAUCCAGUGGCCAUCGGACUCAGAGGGUCAAAAGCUCUUCUGGGUCAAGGUGAGGGAGGCAAUCAAAGGGUCCAGCGUGCCGGAGAAGCUCGCUCCCUCUGGAGAGCCCUAGCACCUGGUGUGGUGUGGCAUGGCUCCGUCAACGGGUGACGUCAAGUGUAGACCAGAGCAACGCAGGAAACCCGAUGCCAAAUCAAACUGAAUCCCACACAGUGUCCAACUCCCUCCAUUCCCUGCACAUCCAUGGGCCUAUCUAAGAGCCUCUUAAACCCCUAUAUCGUAUCUGCCUCCACCCCCACCCCUGGCAGCGCAUUCCAGGCACCCACCGCUCUCUGUGUAAAAAAUCCUUGACCCGCACGUCUCCUUUGAACUUCCCCCCCCUCACCUUAAAUGCAUGUCCUUCAGUAUUAGAUGUUUUGACCCCGGGAGAAAAGAUUCUGUCUACCCUACCUACGCCUCUCACAAUUUUAUAAACAGGUCUCCCCUCAGCCUCCGCCGCUCCAGAGAAAACAAUCCAAGUUUGUCCGACUUGUCAUUAUAGCUCACGCCCUCUAAUCCAGGCAGCAGCAUCCUGGUGAACCUCUUCUGCGCCCUCUUCAAAGCCUCCACACCCUUCCUGUAAUGGGGGCGACCAGAAUUUAACGCGAUACUCCAGAUGCGGCCUGACCAGAGUCUUAUAAAGCUGCAACGUAACUUCUCGGCUCUUGAACUCAGCACCUCGACUGAUGAAGGCAAGCGUGCCGUACGCCUCCUUUACCGCCCUGUCGACCUGUGCAUCCACUGUCAGGGAGCGAUGGACUUGGACCCCAAGUUCCCUCUAUACAUUAAUGUUGUUAAGGGUCCUGCCAUUAAAGGUACAUUUCACCCUUUCCAAAGCCUCCACAUCCUUCCUGUAAUGGUGGCGACCAGAACUGCACAUAAUUACAGCCCAGUCUUACUGGCGAGACCAUGACAGGUAAUCCCCACAUGCCCUGGUGUCUGAGAGUCACAGAGCAAUACAGCACAGAUACAGGCCCUUCGGCCCAACCGGUCCAUGCCAACCACGGUGCCCACCCGGCUAGUCCCAAUUUCCUGCGUUCAGCCCAUAUCCCUCCAAGCCCCGCCCCUCCAUGUACCUAUCCAAACGCUUUUUAAAUGACCCUGUUGUACCUGCCUCACCCACUUCCGCUGGCAGCUCGUUCCAUAUACUCACCACCCUCUGUGUGAAAAAGUUGCCCCCUCAGGUCCCUUUUAAAUCUUUCCCCUCUCACCCUAAAUCUACGCCUCCUGGUUUUGGACUCUCCUACCCUGGGGAAAAGACUGCUGCCGUCCACCUUAUCUAUGCCUCUCAUAAUCUAUAAACACUUCUAUAACGUCACCCCCUCAUUCUCCUGUGCUCCAAGGAAUAAAGACCCAGCCUGGCCAACCUCUCCCUAUAACUCAGGCCCUCGAGUCCCGGCAACAUCCUCGUAACACUGGCGAGACCAAACGCAGACUCGGUGACCGUUUCGCAGAACACCCGCGCUCCGUCCGUAACCGCGAUCUGCGUCUCCCCGUUGCCGGUCGCUUCAACUCCCCCUCCCGCACCGUCACUGAUCUGUCAGUCCUCGGCCUCCUCCACUGCCGGGAGAAUUCCAAGCGCGAACCGGAGGAGCAGCACCUCGUUUUGCGUUUUGAAACCUUGCAGCGUAACGGCAUGAACAUUGAAUUCUCCCACUUUAAG